UCUUAAACUAAUAUAAAGAUUCUCAACUACUAUAUGUUAAGAUUGGAAUGGGACUGCUUCCAAUGUGCACAAAUUCAAGUAAUCAUGCACCUUGCCUAGAAGGAUUCCUUUCUUUAAAAAUACAAACAAGACAAAUUCCAAAGCAUCUACAAGAGAUCUGGAUCUUAUUGCACUUGAGUGUGUGCAUAUAUAUAAACAUUUAUCAGAUCUAACCAGCUGUACUUCCACGAACUUCAAAUGAUGGAAGUUUAAGUUGUUUCCAGAGAGAGCAUCAAACCAUCUUCCCCAACACCCCAUCACCUCAGAACCUUCAAGCUCUCCCUCUUGGACCAGACUAUGAGUUUUAACUCUCCACUUGUCUUCUUUUAUCCCACUGAGGAUGGUGCUACCAAUCUCCAAGUCCUGAAAAGCUUACGGGUGUUGAAGAAAUCACUAUCCAAAACCUUAACUCGCUUCUACCCACUCGCAGGAAAGAUUGAAGAUGACCUCACCAUCAACUGCAAUGAUGUAGGGGCUCAUUACGUGCAGGCCGAAGUUAAUUGUCGCCUUCCUGACUUUCUGUGCCAGCCAGAUCUCCAGGCGAUACAUCUAUUCCUUCCCUGUGAAACCAGUUUCAAGGGGUCAGUAGCAGGAGCUCCUGUGACUAACAUUCAAGUAAACAUAUUUGAAUGUGGUGGGAUUGCUAUUGGACUCUGCAUUUCACAUAAAAUCCUUGAUGGGGCUGCACUGAGCACCUUUGUGAAAGGCUGGUCUGCCACAGCUUGUGGAUCUAAAGAAGUUGUAUACCCUGAAUUCAUUGCAACUUCUCUCUUCCCCACAAAUGAUUUGUGGCUUAGAGAUUCAUCAAUUGUCAUGUGGGGUUCUUUAUUCAAGAUGGGAAAGUGUACCACAAGGAGAUUUGCAUUUGAAGCCUCGGCUAUCACUACCCUCAAGGUGAAAGCAGCCAGCAAUUCCGUACAGAACCCAACACAAGUUGAGUCUGUCUCUGCUUUCAUAUGGAAGUGUGCUAUGGCGGCCUCAGAAGAAACUCGUGGUUUCCCAAAGCCUUCUCUGCUAAGCCAUGUAGUGAAUCUGCGAAGGAGAACUAUGCCACCAUUGAUGGAACAUUCAAUUGGAAACCUCAUUUGGAUAGCAAGUGCGCAAUGCACAGCUAGGCAUGAUCAGCUGGGAUUGCGGGGCUUGGUGGGUCAGGUGAGGGAAGGAAUAUCAAAAAUUAACAAUGACUUUAUAAAGAAACUACGAGGCAAUGAACGGUCUAAUGUGAUCUGUAAAUCCCCCAAUAUGAUAGAAGGGCCAGGCUCCAAAGAUGGAGGAGUGGAUUAUUUUGGCUUCACAAGCUGGUGUAAGCUUGGUUUCUAUGAGGCUGAUUUUGGGUGGGGAAAACCUCUAUGGGUUAGUGGUGUUGGUUGUUCAGGGGGUUCAGUGUUCUUGAACCUUAUCAUUUUGAUGGAAACAAGAAGUGGCGAUGGAAUAGAAGCAUGGGUGACCUUGGAUGAACAAGAAAUGGCUAUAUUAGAACAUGACACAGAGCUCCUGACAUUCGCUUCGCUGGAUCCAAGUCCUCUAAGACUUGGUAAUGCUACUGUAAACUCCCCAAAUUACUGA